AGUAGAUAUGCUGAAUCAAGUUCCUAUACUAAAUUUUAACAUCAUAUUAUUAUCUACUUCUUCACCACUCUGUUUCGUUCUCUGUCUCUCUCUUUUUUAGGAACGCCAUGAAAGGACAGAAACAAAGCUUAACAUCUUCUUGUAAUAUCCAUCCAAUAGAGUUUAUUGAAGGUGUGUGUCCUCUCUGUCUCAACGAGAGGCUUCUAGUUUUGGCUUCUCUGCAGAAAAUAUACUCUCCAUCUUCUCCUCCUUACCACAACAGCAAAGGAUCUUCUAACAAGAAAAGCAUCAGACUCUUCUCCUUCCUCGGCUUCUUCAAACUGCGAUGCCACAAGAAAUAUCACCAAACCACCUCCACCAUCAGUCCAGAAGAUUCAUUCAUUUCGAUCAAGUUCGAAGACAACGGAGCAACGUCUUGGGAAAAAGAAAAAGAAUCUUCUCAGCUUGGAAACUGCAAGGCUUCAUGGGAUCAACAAUAUCAUGAUCAUGACAUGCUCCACACGAAGGAGAUUAUUCGUCAGCUGUAGAUUAAGAUACCGAGAACUGAAUGCUUCUUAUUUAAACACCAAGUAUUUAUACAAUAAUGAAGUCGGUUCUAAAUCCAAUGCUAAUUUAGGAAAAUAUACUUAUCACGUUAAGAAAAUUAUACAUAUUCUUAAAAAUAUACAUUAAGGAAAAUAUACGAUCAUAUAUCCUCCAAUACUCUCCUUCACGUUGGAGUGUGAAGAUUUAGAACAUCCAACUUGGAUACUAAAUGUUGAAAUGGAACUCGACCAAACGCCUUCGUCAAGAUAUCUGCUAUCUGUUAGUCUGUACGAAUAUGUUGUAGGACGAUGAUGCCGUCUGUAACUGCAUCACGAACGGAAUGACAGUCCGACUCGAUAUGCUUGGUACGUUCAUAGAAGACCGGAUUAGUGGC